GCGUCAGUCGGGCUGACCCUCCUGCGGUCACCUCCUUAGCUGUGCCGCACCUGCCACCGCCGCCGCCCACCAUGGACACUGCAUCCUCGCCGCCGCCCAAUUAUUCAGGUAUGAUCCCAACGUCCCCCAGCCCACCUUUGGAUGCCCAGCCCGUGACAUACUGCGAGCCCGCCUUCUGGUGUUCCAUAUCGUACUACGAGCUCAAUUCACGCGUUGGGGAGACUUUCCACGCGUCACAGCCCUCUCUCACAGUGGAUGGAUUCACAGAUCCUAGUAACAGUGAACGAUUCUGCCUCGGCCUUCUGUCCAAUGUGAACAGAAACCCAGUGGUAGAACAGACACGACGUCACAUUGGGAAGGGCGUCCGACUAUAUUACAUUGGUGGGGAGGUCUUUGCCGAGUGCCUCUCUGAUUCCUCAAUCUUUGUCCAGAGUCCAAAUUGCAAUCAACGUUAUGGGUGGCACCCAGCCACUGUGGUCAAGAUCCCUCCUGGCUGCAAUUUGAAAAUCUUCAACAAUCAGGAGUUUGCCCACCAGUUAGCUCAGAGUGUGAGCCAAGGUUUUGAAGCAGUGUAUCAGCUGACCCGCAUGUGCACCAUACGCAUCUCCUUUGUCAAGGGAUGGGGGGCACAAUACAGACGGCAGACAGUGACCUCAACACCCUGCUGGAUAGAGCUCCACCUCAAUGGGCCCUUGCAGUGGCUGGACCGCGUGUUAACACAAAUGGGUUCCCCGUGCCACCCUUGCUCCUCCAUGUCGUGAGUAGAGACGGCCACCAGAGACCUGCAACAAGAAUAUCUCAUUUGUUAGAGGCUUCCAAGAAUCUACAAAAUGUUGGGUUGAAAUUCGGUCAAGGCUCCAGAAACCCAAGAUUGAGUGUUGCACAAGCUUAUAAGAAAUUGAGAUUACUUUCAAAUGGAAGGGAAAACUGCAAGUGCAAUGCCUUUUUUUUUUUUUUUUUUUUCCUCAAUAUACAUUGUAUUUACUCCUGGAUCAUAAUGUUGCAGAAAGGUUGAAGGCAAAGUGUAGUACAACUUUCCAGUGAUCAUAUCAUCUGAUAGUAGUGCCCACCUAUUACUUGUACCAGCUCUGUUAAAUACACUGGUUUUAAGAGUAACUAAAUCUUAUACUGGAUUUUUUCUCUCUAUGUAUAUCUAUGUCUUUAAGCUUGAGAGAUGGCUAUUCAUCUGGAAGGACAGACAUAAAUUAAGCCUCAUUAAAAUUUUCAAUUUGAUUGUUUAUUUUUUUAUUUUUUGUUUUAUUCCUAGUAAAAUAAAAAAAAGAAAAAAAAGAAAAAUACAAGCUCAAAAUUUAUUUGAAUAUGUCACAUUGUCUGCCAUUGAACUCAGGAACAGUGUGAAGUGCAUGUGCUUUCUGCAGACUGAUGCUGUGAAGGAAGAAACUCUGGAAAGACAGCCGGCUUUUGGGGAACUUUUAGUUGGCAUGAAGUGUAAUUUUUGUAUCUAAACAUGUACAUUUCAUUAUCACAUCAAGAACUUGGUCUUGUCUCUUGUGAGCCUUAUCCACAGUUGGGUAUUAUAAAUUUAAGAAACUGCUUGACAGCUGUGCAAGAAAUUUCUUAAAAAGAAAACCUAUAAAAAAAAUAAUAAAUAAAUAAAAAAAAAUAUCUGUUCAAUCAAUCCACAAUGUCCUUUGCUUAUUAUAUUUUAUAUUUUGCGGGGAAAUUAUUAAAAUUAGGGAAAAGAAAAGGAGGUCUUUUCUUCCUCCAUACAUGUCUUUUCCUAAACAGCAUUGUGGAUUGACUGAUUAGAAAAUAUACCUAAUGAAAUUAAUGUGUGGUAAGAAACAUGUAAGUCCUGCGCACGCACUGCUUAUGGUUGUAGAAGUAUUGAUAUUCUCUUCCCACUAACUGAAGUUGCUAGACCAGCCUCUCCUUCAGCCUUACUGUGCUGCAAAUAUAGAAUCAUUUGCUUAUUUUUUUGAGGGAAGUGAAAAGCAGGUGCGUGCGUGUGUGCGUGCAUUUGUGUGCAUGUUUUUUCUUUCUUUUUUUUUUUCCCUCCCCCCCCCCAAAAAAAAAAUUGUAUGAUAAAUAUUUUCUGUGGCAUAUAAGGUUUUUGAUUUACAUGACCACUUUUGCAGUGAGACAAAUUGUUAGUCUCAUAAUGUACUCAAGUAUUAUGUUUCUAUUGUUUCCGAUAUAUGUAAGUUUUAUGCUCUCAGUAUAGGAAAAUUACUUCUAGACAGUGUAGGGUAUGAUUUUUUUUCUGAAUCUGGAACUGCUACUGUUAUGGGUAGCGUGUGGCCAUACAUAGCUUUAUGAGAGGUGGCAUGUUUUUCUGUUUUUAUUAUUGUUGUCAAAAACAAUGGAAAUUACAUGGCAAGAGCAUCAAGGCAGAUGCUUGCAUUUGUUGAAAAGAAUUUUUUAGUUUGAAGUUAGUCAGAUUGUGUAGAUGUGUUAUACAGUACAUACGUAAUGAUGCUGAACUUUAAGAAUUGCCUUGUUAAGGCAUUCACCCUCAUCACUUAACAAAGUGCAUUGUAACCUAUCUGUAUUGUGGCCGAGAUUGCAAAGGUUUUGAGGGCAAGAGAUGGAGAGUGAGAGUAUAUAUGCUUGAGAAAUUCAAGGAGUGAAAGGGAGAAAGAGUGAGUGGAAAAAAAAAAAUUAUGUGUGAGUGUGAGAUGGGAGUGGCUAAUGGUGGUCUGUUAUGGAAUUUGAUACAUAAUGAGAAAUGGUGAAACCUAAUGGUAUUAAAUGUCACAUUAUUUAUUAUGAACAUGCUCUUAGAAUGUCGUAAAAAUUAUUGAUAGUUAUUUUAAUCUUUGGCAUGAAAGAAAUAUUUAGAUCGUAACAGAUUAUGAAUGAAAUAUAUACUAUUAAUAUGAAAUGUGUAGUACUUUUUUCAAGUAAAUUAUUCUAAAGGCAAUGGCCAUUGUUAUUCUGAUUUUGCCCAAAUCUGUUCUUUAGUAUCAUUUAAUAAUUCUCAUCAACAAUUGAAUUUAAACUGUUUUACAGUUUUGAUGGAAAUCACCUUUGAAGUAUGCCAAACCCAGAACUAAAUUGAAUGUGUGAGGCCUUUAUGACAUCAUAGGGACUGGCUGAUGCUGAUAAUUUCUCAGAUCUACUUAAUUUCUCAAACAUUAGAUAUGUCCUAGUUGAGGCUAAACCAAAGCAGAACAAGAUUAAAAUAGAAACCCAUUAGCAAAGGCAGAAAAUUGGACAGACAGGAGGAGGGAAGGAGAACAGUUGAGUAAAUGAAAAAGGAAAGAAUGAUUGAGUGAAAGGGAGAAAAAUACAAGAGAUAGCAAGACAUACUGUGAAAGAGAAAGCUAAAGACAGGCCGAGGGGAAAAUGAGCAUUUCUCUGAUGUCAUUAUGGCUUCAUGCACUUCUCCCAGAACUUAACUUUGCAGCAUGGCAGCAGCAUUAGAGGGGCAGACACGGCAAACCUACUGAUCACAUUAAUUCUAUUUGUUGAUUAAAUUUAUCACAUGGUACCAAAGAGUAAGUUUUGAAGAAAAAUCAAUUAUUUCACAGCCCUGGCCAUUACCCUUAAUAUAACCAACAUUUUAAAAAUUAUUAUUACUAUCACUAAAUAUUUUUAUCAUGUUCACUUUUUUUAAUGUACUGUACUGUUUAUUGAAUUUAUGACAUAUUGCAAAAAUAAAAAAAAGUAAAUAGGAGAUUAAGGUAUAUAUUUGUAAUAUGGCUACCUUUUCUGAGGCCAGAAAUCCCACCUCCACCAAAAUCCUCUGACCUUUGCCAUCUGCCUUUUAAUCCAGUCACAACGAGCAUCUCAUUCAUCAUCUCCAUAAGAUUAUACAGCUGCCAUAAUUAUUAUUAUGUCCAUGAUUGUCAUAGUCAUUCUUCAUCAGUGACGGUGUAUCACCUAGCUUUUGUUUUAAUCAUGAAGAAGCAAGUCACAUAAAGGGUUGUAGAAGGUUACGAGGCCCUUGGUAUUAGCGUUUUAUAAUUCGUUUUCUCACUCUUGUUACAGGAGAUAUCUCAGGCUCUUGAGUGCUGUCUGCGAUUUCUGGAUUUGAUAGUAAUGGAGCCAGCACUCACUUUGAGAGUCCAGUCAUGCAUUAGGAGAGUUAACAGGUAGACUGCCAAAGGCCCUGUAAUCUGGCUUUCCUUUGCUCAGAUGCCAUAUUCACAAUCAAACCUUAUUUUUAGUUGUUUUUACGGUUCAUUAACCCUUUUGUUAUCAAUGGGAUUUCUUUUGAUUUUCUUUUCUCUCUUUUUUUUAAGCUUGGCAGGAAGGAAAAACUUCCAUAGAAGUGUAUGGGAAAAUGUAAAUUUCUUAAUGCUCUCACCACAGUACUGUUCCAUAGCAGUAUUUGUUGUAAGGAUAUGAAAUAUUUAAAAAUAAGGGGGGAAAAAGGAGUACCACAACAAAUUGUCACAGCAAUCAUGAUCUACCCUGUCAGCACUGGCUUGCUGUGUGCCACUUUGUCAGAAAUGCAGUUAGCUUUAUACUGUUCCCAAACUCUGCCACUGUUAGGGUCAGUGGUAUAAGCAAAUUUAAUCUUCAUACUAUAGCCAUCCAGUAUCUAAAAAAGGAAAACAAUUAGUAAAAUUAUUUGUUAAACACACCACAUACACCCAUUCACUUGUAUACACCUCACACACACUUCCACACUUAUAACUUUAUAUACACAUACCAUGUACACAUAUACUCAUGAACAUAAAUACAUAAAUACAGAUGUGAAUGCACACACAUUUACACCUACUCAUUUAUAUGAAUAUGUGUGUGUGUGUGUGUGUGUGUGUGUGUGUGUGUGUGUGUGUGUGUGUGUGUGUGUGUGUGUGUGUGUGUGUGUGUGUGUGUGUGUGUAAAAUAUAAUCCAGACAAAAUUAUCUAAGUCAUUCUGCAAUAGCAUUGUGGAAUAUGUAUAUAUAUCAAAUAAUUGGUUGUAUUACUUUUAAAUAGAAUUUGGAAUUUUCAGGUUCAUAAGUGAAGUUGUAAUAGGAUUGUAAACUUACCUUCUGCCUUCUGUACUUAUAUCCUCAUUAUCAUCACCAAUCUUAAAUAUUUUAUACCUGUAUUUUAUAUCUGAAUUGAACCCUAAAAGCUGUGGGUUUUGACUCCCUUUAAAUUGUAUACUCAUUUCCUUACUGCCUAAGCUAGUUCAAAAUCUAUUUAAUAUUUUUAUAUAAAAAGUAAAUACAGUGUUAUUGCUUAUUGAUAAAUAAAAAAAAUAAAAAAAAAAUCUUCAGUACAAGUCAUACAAAAUAGUGUUCCUCGGUCUUGUUAGAAUUAUGAGCACCUGUUUAUGAAGUAUUCAAGCCCUACUCUAAUUAAUGUGAAAAUUUGUCUGGACAAGGUCUUAAGAAUACCAUUACCAAGAUGUAAAUAAUAUAUAUUGCAGAUUUUCAUAAAGAACCUGCAAAGUACUGUGUGUAUGAAAUGCAGCAAAAUAUAACUUUUUUUUGUUUGUUUGUUUGUUUUUGUUUCUUGAGGCAGACUUGGUUAUGGAGUUUUAAAUCCUUGAGUAGUUGAGUGAAUCAGUAUUUCCCAAUGGAUGUUUGAAAUAGUUUGCUUGUGACUAGAACAAUUUGCUAAUAUCAACUGUACAUUGUUUUGUUUUGUUCUUGUGACAUGAUCCAAUACUGAUCUUUCUCUUCAUCUUGCUGCAGAUGUUAGUAUGAAGGAAAUAAACAUCCCAAAAGAUGGAAAGUUAAUUUUUCUCUCUCUUUCUCACUGACAAUUAUGGAAUUCUGGUAUAUUCAAAAGGUAAAAAUAUUGGUUUGCUGGGCAGAAUUUAUUUAAUAUUUGCUUUUCAGAAUAAUUGAGUAAUGUAUCCAAAACAAGUGGUACACAUACACCAUAGCCGGUAUGUGUUCAGGGAAAAUGCUGUACUCGUGGUAUUGUUUUUUAAACCUAAGUGAUCAUAUUUUGAAAGAAUCUUAAACUUGGAUUAUUGGCUAUGAAUAAAUGUGUACAAAAUGCAA